AUGGAGAAGGAUGCCAGCAGCGUGCACAGGAGGCACCGGCCGGGUGCCGGGGCCCCUCCUUUGGGGGCGGCCACUGGACACCUCAAGGGGACCAGCGAGGCGGCUGAGCUGCAGAGGAGCAGGAGCAUGGGCGGCUUGCACCAGAAGGGGGACCCUCCGAGCAGCAUCCAGAAGCUGGGCAAGGAGCUAGAGCCCGAAGAUCAGGAAAAGGACCUAAAAAGUGACGCUGAAGACACCGUCUGUCAGGCAAGCCUAGAGGAAGACAAGCAGGGAAAGAACCAGGAUGCCCUUGGGAAGUCGGACCACGAGAGUGAACAGUCAGAUCAUGAGAGUGAACAGUCAGACCAGGAGGGUGGGAAGUUGGAACCAGAAGUCGAGAAGAGUGACUCCGAGGCCAGUGACCAGGAGCGGCAAGAAGAAGACGAAAGCAUAGACAUACGCACCCAGGAGGCCAAGUGUCUGAUUACCAUCAUCAUUACCAUCAUCCUCAUCAUCACCACCAUCACUGCCAUCACCAUCAACACCUACACCAUCACCACCUGUACCAUCACCAUCAUCACCAUCAUCAUGAUUGUCUUCAUCACCAUCAUCACCACCUACACUAUUACCAUCCUGUCCAGCAUGUUCGUCCUGGUGCCUGUGGUGGUCACAUGUGUCAGGAGAGAGGAGAAGCAGCCCCAGAUGGACAUGGGAGAUUUGUCAGAAGACGAGUGA